UCGGACGGGUGAAGGACCUGGGUGAAGAUGUCGGCCCUCAGCGGGAGGGUGCAAAGAUUCUCAAACAUGGUGCCAGCGGUUGCAAUUGGCCAUGGAUGCUUUUCUCUCUUGCUUUGCUUUUCGACCAUAGAUUCUGAUGCGAAUUUUUCCACCCUUGCUGUGCUAUAAUUAGGCAGUCCCCACAUCGCGCAAUGCGGGGGUGCCUAGGUAGUGUAUGUCUUGUACAUAAAUUAUGUACAUACAGACAAAGUACCGAGCGAGCAUGGAUCCAUCCAAUGUGUGCUGUAAUUACCACGUCUGCCCCUGGGGAAAAUCAUGGAUACAACGGACCCCAACUCCAUCAUCAAGACGCAUCAUUCCAGACGCAUGCUGCUGGAAUUGAAGCCACCCAAGAGAUAGUUUACACGCGCGAUAGGUCGGACCUGUAAUUUCAUAGUCGACCCGAGACCGCCAACAUGAAUCUCACCUGGCCGACUAUUCUUUCCUGGCUCUCGAUUUCUAUUCUUGCAAUGCCAGCUGCAGUUGUCGCCAGGUCGCCAAGAUGCAUCAUGUACCUCACCGGUCAACAUCCGAUUAUGCCAUCGCCCGAUCGGCUUCAAGAGGUCACCCAUGUGACCCUCGCUUUCAUGGGUUCAACCCUGUUCAACGAGCCGGGCCGUUCGGAAUGGCCUCUGUUCACAACGGUUGACCAAGUCCGCGCCAACUUUCGUCCAGGAACGAAGGUCAUGGUGGCCAUUGGCGGUUGGGGCGACACCUAUGGCUUUUCGGCCGCCUCCUUGUCUGAAGAGAGACGACGAGCGUUUGCCGAGAACGUGGCCCGCAUGGUUUCCGAUACGGGGGCGGAUGGAGUUGACAUUGACUGGGAAUAUCCGGGUGGUAACGGCGAAGACUACAAGAAGGUGCCCAACGAGGCCAAGGCGUGGGAGAUUGGCGCAUACUCUCUACUCCUCGGCGAAUUGCGGAAGGCUCUGGGCUCCGAGAAGCUCAUCUCGGCAGCGGUGCCGGGCCUGCCCCGGGACAUGCUUGCCUUCACUCGCGAGACUGUCCCUCUCAUCAUGAAGCAUCUGGAUUUUCUGAACGUCAUGGCGUACGACUUGAUGAAUCGACGGGACAACAUCACGAAGCAUCACAGUGGCGUCGACCUUAGUCUUGCUGCCGUUGACGCCUAUGUUGCAAAUGGGGCAUCUCCGCAAAGUCUCAACUUGGGCUUCGGCUUCUACGUCAAGUACUUUCGGACCGAGCACGAUUCGUGUAAGAUACCUACCUCCCCGAUCGGCUGCCCAACGCUUCUAUUAGAAGACCCAGAGACCGGAGCAGACCUGGGCCGGACUGGUGGGUUUUCUUGGCACGAUCCAGUUCCCCAAGACGUUGCCGAAUCAUUCAACCGGGCGCUUCUCGACGGGAUGUAUGACGACCAGCAUGGUGGCUACUAUUACUGGGACGAGGAAGAAGAUAUGUGGUGGACCUUCGACACCGUUGAUGCCGUGACACGCAAGUUCUCGCACAUUGUCGAUAAGAGGAGACUUGGAGGUGUCUUUGCAUGGGGCCUUGGCGAGGACGCCCCUGUCUUUGAGCAUUUCAACGCCGUUAGUAAUGCCGUAGCCGUGCGGAGGGCGGCGAAAGAUGAGUUAUGAUGUUGUUGCCUUGAAAUCUCCUAGGAGAAGCUAAUGGAAACUUGCUAUUAUCUUGAGUAUGACAGGGCGACUUGAAUGUCAACCGCAAAGAUAGUGCUGCAGCUGAGAAAUCCUGUUAUUAGGUAGAUUGCCUGUAAGAAAUACACGAAGGCCGUCCUUCACUUCCGGUUUGUUUUGUGGUGGC